AUGGGCGGCUUGCAGGUCAUCACGUGGCAGCAGCUGGGCUUUCACGAAAAGCCCAUAGGCCUGUAUAACAUUGACGGGUUCUUUGACCCGCUGCUGGGCUUCUUCCGCCACGCCCUGUCGUACCAACAGCAGCAGCAGCAGCAGCAGCAGCAGCAGCAGCAGCAGCAGCAGCAGCAGCAGCAGCAGCAGCAGCAGCAGCGGCAGCAGCAGCGGUGGCAGCAGCCGCCGCAGGGCAACCUGGAGAAUCUGGUGGUCUCCUCUGACGCGUCCGACCUCCUUGACCGCCUGGCCUCCUGGACCCCCGUGGUCAAGGGGCUCAUCCUCACGGCGGAGGAGCGCAAGGCAGCAAUCGGCGCUGAUGUCAGCGAGCAUGUGGGGUGA